CCCUCUUAAACCCAAUGAGGUCACUGCAAUGAGAGAGAAUAAGAUCAAGAGAGAGGGGGAGGACGAGAAUGACGAGGAGGGAGAAGAAACCCAGACGGAAAGAGGCCAUCAGACAACGUAGCAUUUCUGGCGACACAGCAACUGUGAGGAUCCUGGUGCUGAAUAUCAUCCGCAGGCUCAGCCUGGGGGGCUCCCAGGGACUCAAAGAAGCACUUUGUGUUACCACGAAAACAAAGGAGAUGAGAAAGAGAGAGAGAGGGAAAGAGAAGCUGUGAGUAGUUACGCUUUGGAUCUCCGGAAAAGAAAAGAGAAUCUGGACUAGCCUGGGAAGCAAACGCGGGAGGAGCGGGAUUUCCCAGCAGAGAUCUAUCUGAUCGCGGCAGAACUCUGGACAGUGCCACACGGGCAGGGGUUGCAGAGCCUGGGCUCCUGCAAGGUCCAGGGAUCCUCUCAAAAACCCUCUGCGGGUGUUCUCUUCUUGUCUGGUCUGCGACCACCUAAUGCAGGAAGAUUCUUCUGAAAUCCCUGUCUGAACGUACCAGGGGUUGGAGCUGCUCUUUUUUUGCUUUUGCCCCGGUCAGGAACGAAAACUCCGGUUUUAGAAAUCCAGUCAUUGUGGAUAAUGUUUCUUCGUUGGUGAAGAAAAGAAAAAAAAGUUUAGGAGCUUGGUAGCGGGAGGAAGGGGUAAAGAGGAUAGUAGAAGAAAGAAGGUGGAUGGUUGACUUCCUUCUCUGAUCUAAAAGGAAUGAUGACCAAGGAAGAAUGUGCACCAGCGGCCAGAUUAUUGGGAGCCUUUUGGUGCUCUCUGUACUGGAGAUAGGGCUGGGGGUGUCCAGCGCGGCCGUGGGGGCAGUAAGCUUCAGCCUGGCCCUCCGAGAGCACAAGCCGCAGCUCGGAGACUCGUCCCCGUUUCUUCUUUGUGGCAUAUGUGGAAUAUUGUGCGCAAAAAAAAAAUCUGGACUUGUCAUGAUUCUCUUUUCUGCCUGCUGCAUCUGUGGACUGAUUGGGGGCAUCCUGAAUUUUCAGUUCCUUCGGGCAGUGACAAAGAAGAACUCUUCCCUGUAUCCUCUGCACCUUGCCUCUAUGUCUCUUGCAUGCAUUGGGAUUGGUGGAUGCACUCUCUCUUCAUGGCUCACUUGUCGACUAGCCAGUUAUGAACAGAGGAGGAUGUUUUCAGAAAGGGAGCAUUCCUUGCAUCAUUCUCAUGAAAUGGCUGAGAAAGAAAUGACAGACAACAUGAGCAAUGGAGGACCACAACUGAUAUUUAAUGGAAGAGUGUAAUCAAUGUUUUAAAGAUCUGAUCAUUUUAUAAAAUUUUCAUGAGACAAGAAAAAAAAUCAAAGGAUCAGGAGAAAAAUAAAAAUAGUCCUAAUAUUUGCUGUCAUCUCUCCUGAGCAAACAGUAAAAUCAUGCAUCCUCAGUUUUGCCUCACUUACUUCAUCAGCUUUUUUUGAAUUGCAUAAAAAUCUUUCCUGAAAUGUUUUGAUACAGUUAUUUCAAGAGACUAUUUAUAUCGCUGUAUUAAGUAAGACACCAGUGGAAAAAAAUGGUAACAACAAGAUUCAUAUUCUACACAAAUACUGUUUGACCAGCAUGAGUAUAAGAUUUGGAAUGGCAAGUUUCAUAUAAUGUUAAGUUGAGAAAUGACAUUAACCUACUGAUGUCUUUGAAAGAUGAUGGUUUCAAGAGUGCCACAUCCCAAACCUCAUCAAUGUCUUGCUAUAAAAACAUUGUAAUUGUUUAGAAUUUGUGAAUGGACUAUACUUCAUAAUUUAUUUGUAAAAUAAAACCCCUAAAGCAUAAAAGAGAUUUUUUAAGGAGAGAAAACAUUAAUAUGUAUGCUAUUUUUGCAUUUUUGCACAAGAGUGAAAAGUUGUAAAUGAAUAUCAUUAAGGGAAAGGAAAUAUAUCUUGAUCGUGUACUGUGCAGAGUGAUCUGCAUGCUCAUUGACUUAAGAAUAAAGUAUGUGUCUGUGUAAA